AUGUGGACCCUCAAAAUUUUGCUUAUAUUUGCUACUUUAUUUAAUCAUUUUUCCAUCGUUUAUGGCUGCCAUGAAACUGAAAGAGCAGCUCUACUGAGCUUCAAAUCAAUGCUGGCUGAUCCAUCUGAUCGGUUAUCUUCAUGGCAAGGCGGAAAUUGUUGCAAUUGGGAAGGAAUCAAAUGUUCAAGUUCAGGUCAUGUUGUAGUUGUGAAUCUCCGGAAUCCUAAUCCGGAUGAAGUCAUUAUCAAUGUCAAUAAGGAAGUUGUUUCAAAUUCUAACAAUACAUCCAAUGCCCUCAAUGGUACCAUAUCUCCAUUGCUCUUUACUCUUAACCAUAUGCAAUAUCUUGACCUGAGUUUCAAUAACUUCAUGCUCUCAAAACUACCUGCUGAGAUAUCAAACUUAACUAAGUUGACUUAUCUUAACCUCUCAAAUGCCAUGUUUCAAGAUUCCAUCUCCACACAAUUUUCAAACCUCACAUCUCUAAGGUCGCUUGAUCUUUCGUGUGCUAAUUUAGUAAUUGAUUUAUCUUCUAUUACUAUUAGCUUGACAUUACCACCAAAGUUGGAUUUUGGCUCACUGUUGUCUUUUAUCAGCUAUGGUCGAUUGUUUAGUCCAAAUCUAAGGUGGUUAGAAGGACUCCGAGGCCUCAGAUAUCUUGUAUUGGCAGGUGUUGAUCUAUCAAAAGCCUCCGAAUCAUUUCAUUGGGCUAAACCAAUAUCAAGCCUUUCAAAUCUCAAGUCACUUCAAUUGUCCUACUGCAAAAUUUCAGGAAGAAUUCCGACAGGGCUAUUACUUAACCUUACUAAUCUUUCUACUCUAGAAAUGAGUUCUAACGCUCUAACAUCCUCGAUACCUGAUCUGCUAUCGAACCUCACAACCCUCUCAACUCUUGAUUUUAGCUCCAAUGAUUUAGAUGGUCAUAUCCCUUACCUUCCUCAACUUGAGGAACUUUAUGUUGCUAGUAAUCCUGCUAUGAUCAUCAAUCUUGUUUCAAUGUUUUCAGUCCCAUGGUCAAAGUUGACAUUUCUUGACAUAAGUCUCACAUGGGUAGGUGGAACGAUUCCUCCUUCGUUAAGCAACUCAACUUCAUUGACCUUUUUCCGAGCUGAUGGAUGCUCUAUCCAAGGGUCGAUACCUUCUUCCAUCACAAACCUUAAGAAAUUAAGUGUACUGAUGCUCAAUGACAACAAUAUCACAGGCCAACUUCCUGUAACCAUGUCCAGUUUAAUAGGUCUUCAAUACUUAUCUCUGUUCCAGAAUAGUUUACAAGGGCAAAUUCCAAUUUCAAUUUGUCAAAUCCCCUCCCUUGAGUACCUGAAUUUAGAAUGGAAUGAGCUAACAGGACGGUUUCCCUCGUGCAUACUUCAGCUUCCUAAGCUUUCAUAUCUUUAUAUUCAGAUGAAUAAGCUGAAAGGCAAUAUGCCAUUUUCUUUGUUCCAAAAGUCAAAAUUGGAUCAAAUUAGUAUAGGAGCUAGUGGAUUGUCAUUGGAAAUUGACGAUCAAGAUCAACCCUUUGUGCAAACAUUUCAGCCCGAGAUUUUAGAAUUUACAUCUUGCAACAUGAGAGGAGAAAUCCCAGAUUUCUUCUCAAAUUUGACGAACCUCACAAUCUUGAAUUUGGCGAACAACAGCCUAUCAGGAGCCAUACCAUACUGGUUAUUCAAUCUCCCUGCCCUAUCUGUUCUAGAUUUAUGUAUGAAUAACUUUGAGGGAGUUAUACCUCCAACGAUUCAGCUGAAAUCUUCUCCUUUUCCAACAAUAAUAAAUUUGGCCAGCAACAACCUUCAAGGUCCAAUUCCCUCUCAGCUCGAGAAUGUUAAUGUCAUCGAUUUGUCACUUAACAACUUCAUAGGGUUAAUACCAACACAGAUAGGAGAAGUUCCCGGUAUCAGGUCCAUUUCCUUAUCCGGAAACAAAAUUCAUGGUCCAAUACCUGAAUCAUUUUGCCAAGCAACUAAUAUUCUCCAGGUUCUUGAUCUCUCCAAUAAUAGCUUGUCAGGCGCCAUUCAACGUAAUCUUGGAAACUGCAAGUCUCUCAUUUACCUUAAUCUUGGACAAAACAAGCUCAGUGGAAGUAUUCCAAAAGAACUUGAACGUGUUACAAGCCUUCGUUAUCUGGACCUGAAUGGGAAUAAGUUUGAAGGAUCUUUCCCAACAGUCAUUGAAAACUUUCAGGAUUUGGAGAUUCUGAACUUGGCAGGCAAUAAAUUUGAAGGAAGGAUACCAAAGUUCAUCGGUAACCUACACCACCUCCGUAUCCUCGUGCUUGCAUCAAACUCUUUCAGUGAAUCUAUCCCAGAAGGGCUAAUGAAGUUAGAAAAUCUACAAUAUAUUGGUUUUUCAAGGAAUAAUCUAUCUGGCCCCAUUCCUGAGAAUCUUGAUGGCUUGAAAACGAUGAUGAAAAGACAAAACGAGGCGACCAUCUUAGGUUAUGUUUACUCCCUUAAAUUCACUGGUGCUCAACUAGAAAUAGUCACCAAAGGACAGACACAAUUGCUUGAGUCAGUGUAUUCCUACAACACUGGAUUCGACAUCUCAGGCAAUGCUCUCACUGGUAAAAUCCCUGAGAAAAUUGGCCUUUUAAGUGGAGUUCCAUUGCUGAAUCUCUCACACAAUAAUCUUACAGGGGUGAUCCCAAAGACUAUUGGUGACAUGAUUUCCCUCGAGUCGUUGGAUCUCAGCUAUAACCAAUUAACAGGUGAAAUUCCAGAGACAUUAACACUGUUAGAUUUCCUUCAGGAUCUCAACUUGUCUUAUAACAAUUUGAGGGGAAGGAUUCCAAGCGGUCCGCAUUUUGACACUUUGUAUCAAGAUGGAACAGCAUAUAUUGGAAACAAAUACUUAUGUGAUGCACCUGGUGGGAUGAAUUGCAGUAACAAUGGUCCCUCUAUCACUGAAACUGCAGAGAAGAAAUAUGAUCAAGAAAAUGUCCUUUUUGUUGUAGUUAUAUUCUUGGGCUUUGUAACAGGAAUUUCUGGAGUAUUUCUACUCUUAUAUUUGAUAGAUGACAAUUGGAGGAAGAGGUACUGGAGAGCAGUAGACAGGAUUGUGUUGAAAAUAGUUAGCAGUGAAUCAUGA